AUGAUGGAGCCACUACCUAAACACGAGUAUUGUCAUUCACUAAGCCUCGUAGAUUUGCAGCUUGAAUAUGCUGAAGAGGAAGAAGAAGAUGAUGACCACGACAACGAAGACCACGACGAUGAGGAUGGUGAUGAGGACCACGAUGACGACCUCGAUGAUGAUGGUGAUGAGGAUAGUUGUCUGAUUACGAAAGAGGGCUUUCAAGGUGUAUGUUACAGGUGUGGCCAAGAAAUCCAUAUGUACGAGAGGUACUACUACAAAUGUAAACAUUCAUCAUGUGAUGUCUCGCUUCACAAAUUUUGUGGUGAGCUCUUGACAAGGUUAGAGCAUGCAUUACAUCCACAUCCUCUUUCCCUAUGUUGGCCGAGGAUUAAUUGGAGAUGCAAUAUUUGUAAGAGAGAUCACAAGUGUCUAGAAAUGUGUUACAAAUGUUUGGAAUGUGAUUUCUCCAUUGAUGUAAAAUGUGCCGUGGAAGAAGAAAAAAAGAUCAUCCAUCAUCCUAGCCACCCACACUUACUAAUCUGUUUACUCCCUAAAGCCAUUUUAUGCGAUUGUAGUGCUUGUGGGAAAAUGCAUGAAGGAAUCUUUUAUCAAUGUACCACUUGUGUUGGCUUCUCCUUACAUAAUGAUUGUGCUUUCCUACCAAAAAGAUUGUUAAUCAACGAGACCACAAAAGUUGCCUUUUAUCAUACUCAUCCACUCACCAUUUCAUAUUCCUUCCCCAUGAACGAUAAAAUAGCCAAACAUAAUCCUAAAUGCAGAGUAUGUGGUCAUGGUUUUGAUGAUAUGGAGAAUCUUUGGAUUUACAAAUGUGACAAAUGUAUGUACUAUGCACAUGUGCGUUGUGUGACAUCAAGAAGAGAGUCGUUCUUGCGUGCUGGCCUCAACAAAACCGUCGAAAAUUUUAAAGAUGAUGACCACCCUCAUCUUCUUCAUCUCCCAUUCCCUGAUGAAACAUAUAGUGUACCAAAACAAAUUUUUUUCAAAGAAAGUGGAAGAAGUGUGGAGGUAAUCCUAAAACACACGAGUCAUCAACACCCUCUAGUUCUAAUUGAUCAGACACAAUUAAAUGAGAAAACCUCCUCAGAGAUUAAUUCUUUGCUAUUAAUGUGUCAUAACCCAAUGACAAAGACCAAACUGAUAUGCAACGGAUGUAUGAGACCAGUCAUGUCGACCAUGCCCUUUUACAGGUGCCCUGAAUGUUGCAACUUUGUUCUCCAUGAGUGGUGCACUCGACUGCCAUCGCAAAUAGAAAACCAUCCAGGUCACCCACAACAUACACUUCUUCUCAUCUACUCAAACAUCCUUCCUUGCUUUUUUGGUGUGUUCGUUUGUGCUGUCUGUCAUCUACCUUGCAAUGGAUUUGCAUAUUGUUGUGUAAAAUGCAAAUACUAUGUUGAUGUUACUUGUGGGUUUAUACCUAAAAAAAUCACACAUAAAUCUCACCCAAAUCACCUGCUUUCAUUAGUUCAAAACCCUUCAGGUGGUUGUCAUAUGUGUCUCAAAGAUGUUGAUAGUCAUCAACUUUCAUUCAACUGCAAUGUUUGUGAAAUUUAUAUCCAUCCUGAAUGUGCUCUGUUAUUCUCCAAGAUGAUUUGGCACAGCUAUGACAAGCAUCCCAUGCAACUAAGUUACCUCCCGAUUGAGAACCAUAAGAGUGAAUACUUUUGUGAAAUUUGUGAGUUUUAUUUGAAUCCUCAUGAAUCUUUCUAUCACUGUCAACAUUGUCGUCAGUCUAUACAUACUGCUUGUGCCCCUCUAAUACUUGAGAGUGAAACACAUACCUAUAUGUACAAUUUAAGAAGCGUUUAUAAUUUUGUUAAUAUAAAGUUUGGGGACAUUUAUAGCAGUGGUGGCCACACACAUCCUCUCUCAUUUGCUCAAGGAACUGCCUUAGAUGAUCUGUGUAACAUAUGUGGUAGGAAAUUACAAUACAAAAUUAUAUUUAAAUGUCACGACUGUAAGGAGGAUAAGUUUGCCAUUGAUUAUAACUGUUGUGAGAAUGUGAAGAGGGCAUUAAGUUCAUUCGUUUCCCUCGACAUGCUUGAUUUGUAA